CCGCCAAGAGUUCAGAUCUGGAAAGGCAGGAAAACCCUGGAAAAGUCAGGAAAUUUAUACAGUUCCAUUUUUACGUAAACUUUUGAGAGACCCAAAAUGGCCAUACCAUUCUUUGAGGAAGAGCAUACCUCCAAUUCCGAACCGAGUGGCGAUCAAGUGGAUAGUCCCAUGGCUUUCUCCAUAGAUCCCGGACAUGAUCAAGUGGACUUCGAAGGACCUCCGUCUGCCGCCGAGGAAGUCCCCCAGCCGGGAGCAACAAGUGAGCCAGUUUCACCGCCGAGCGCCGAGGAGCAACUGUUGGCCUGGAAGAUCCUGGCACUCACCAUGUGCAAGGCCCUCAAGCAGUUUUACCUUCAACACAAGGCAUCCGGAAAAUCCAGCAAACUAAAGGCCACCGUUCAAAUUCAACCGCAGGCGCAGUAAAUAUUUUUGGUAUAAAAAUAUUUAACACCAACUAAGGCUCCUAAAAGCGCAACUUGUGAUUACUUUAUGUACGUUGGUGAGAACUAGCGCAGCCCCGAAAUUUUCGAGAGAGAAAGAGCGAGACAGUGACAGAGAAAUGUGAAUCGAUUUCCCAAGGAAAAACCCAAAAAACAUAAUAAUUUUUAUACAUGUAUUUUCUUUGUCGGAAAUUAUUCCUGCCCAGAGUUUCUAAAUUGCCGUCGGGUUACAAAAAAAUCUAAAAAUUUGGAGAAGCGCAAAUGUGAUAAAUAAUUUUGCUAAAAAUAUUUUCAGUCCAAAUAUUUGUUUAGUAAACUUAUUUAAGUUAGUUUUACUGAUUUAAAUGAUUAAGUAAAGUUCUCUUAGAAGGUCGGCCCAGUGCAAAGAAAUGUGAAGGAAAGAAUCUUAAAAAAAAUAUUGGAGAAUGGUCCGAAAAGAUUAAAAACAAAAUUUUAUAAGCAGCAGCUAGUUUUCAAAUCGAAACCAACUUAGUUGAUAAGCCAAACUAUUCUAUAUUCUAUACCUACAAAUAGUUACAACUUUUUUACAAACAACUCUCUUGGUGUCUAUUUAUGGGGAAAUUUUAAAGUUUCAACUUCCUAGGUAGAAUGCUUCUUCAACUUAGCAAAUAGUUAUGGAAAUAUAUUUUUUAAGCAAUAAACAUAUAUAUUUUUAUAUUUACUUUGCCGUCAAUGUUUAAGCUGUGUGUGUGUCAAUUUAGUUUUUAAAUCUAUACUUAUAAGCAAUAUGUGGCUAGGACUCUAUGCAGAUUAAUCGGAGAAGAGGCGCAUUUUCGCGCCACGAGCAUAAACAUAGUACAAGUUCAAAAGUAGAAAUAUUUACAUACAUAACCAAAACUACACAUCUUUUAAGUAAUUUAAA